CAGGGCCUGUGCUGGGGACGGCCGGCCGGCGCCUGGGACCCGGAGGGACUCUGGUGCCGGGACAGCAUGUGACACUGCCCAGGAUUCAGCCCCGAUGGAGGCUGCGGAGCCCCGGAGUGGAGCACCGGCUCCCAUUCCUGCUGUAGCAGAAUUCAGUGUUAUCCCUGAAGCUCUCAUGAGAAGCAGCCAGCCCCUUGCCGUGGGGCCCAAAGCUCAGGAAGGCCGGGACCCAUCCUAUACGUGGGCAGAGGAACGCAGACUCUGGGAGACCCAGCAGAGAGAUGUAAGAGAUGUGAAUGACCGUGCAACUGAGAGUAUGACAUCUUUCCCCAAGGAAGCCCCUUCGGAUGUGGAGACCAAGCAGGAAAACCUUAUGACUGAGGCCUGGGACACCCCAGAGUGCCAGGAGGCAGUGCCCGGGAGCCUGGCAGACAGACAGGCAAGGACACCAGCUCCUCCAGAGCACUGGGCCUGCCCUGUCCAGGGUAAACUUCUGGACAUGGCCCCACUAUGCAGCGAACUGCGCAGCAGAUUGGAGGUGGAAUUCAGGCCAGAAUUCCCUUCUUUGAUGUUGGGGACUGGACAAGCAGCAGAGAAAGAGGAAGCUUCUCCAGAUGCCUCUGCUUGGGCCAGAUGUUCAUCUUCCUGUGAAGAGCACCUUGUAGAGACCGACUUGCUGCAGGAGUCUGAAAGUGGGACUGCCAGGCAGGGCGAAGAGCUGCAGGAAAGUCCAGGGAAAGAAAGGCUUGUGUGUCCCCAGGAAGCCAAGGGUCUGGAGGUGCAGGGACAAGAAGAGAGGGAGGCUGUGUGUUCUGAGGGGCUUCUAGCGGAGCAGGAACAGAUAGGGGAGCAGGUUAAUGGUACACAGGGAGGACAGAGGCAAACACAGGGACAGAUGCAAGAUGAUAUGGUGCUUGCAAAACAAGGAGAAAGGGAGGGGCCUAAUGAGGAAUUGGGAGGUGUAAAUUGUGAUGAGUGGGAGGGAAGGACUCAGGGCCAGGAAGAUCUGGAAGUGGGUGAAGAGAGGAAGAGGGAGGUGAGGGGGCCUGAGGAGAGUAGGGUGGGUGCUCAGUACCAGGAGUAUCAAAGCUCAGCCAGGAGGUCAGUGAAUGUACCUGGAAGGCAAGAACAUCAAGGUCUGCCAGGGACACUGAUGUCGGAGGAGGAGGCAGAAGAUUGGGAUGGGGCUGCACUGGGGGGAGUGGGAGGAGAGAAGAUUGCAGAGGAGGGGGAAGAGCAUGAUGGUCUUCCCACACUGGCCCCCAAGGUUUAUUCUUCUUGUGACUUGUUCCCAGAUGCUUGUAAUGCCAGGAUUCCUGGUUCUCAGACAGAGUUGAGGGCUGAGGAGCUUUGUCCCAUAGCUCAGACUCCUACCUUGGAGCCAAUAGGAUGUUCCUGUCAGUCCAAUCCUUCACCUAGCUUCUUUCCUGCUGGGGGGUCACCUCAAGAAAUAGCUCAGGACCCCCAGCCAGAAGGUUCCCAGCUGGGGACAGGGACAGCAUCCAGUGGGAGGCCCCAGGUGGCCUCAGCCAGUGCACCUGAGACGUCUCCAAACUCACCAGAUUCAGCUCCCUCCACAUCUGCCAAAGUCUCCCCCAGCAGAGCCACCUUGCCAGCUGCCAGCCCCCCGAUUGCCAUCCCUAGGACAAAAGCCUCUCUGGCUGCAUAUUCUCCAGAAACCACCAGGGCCUCUUUCUCCACCGACAUCCCAUCUGCCUGUGGGGCUUCUGAGACUCUCCUGGCGGCCCUCCCCGGCUCCCCCUCUGCAGAGGCUACCAUGGACCCACAUGGCAGCUCCAAUGGGGCCAGUCCUCAAAGCCCCCUAGCUGACUUCUCAGGGGCCAUUCAGCACCCAUGGAGCAACUCCUUCCCGGGCUCUCACAGGACACAGCUGACUCCGGACCUGGUGGGACGAUCACUUUCCUUCUCUCAUUCAGAGUUGCCUCAGAGACCUCCCAAACCUGCCAUCCAUGUCUCUGUGAUCCCAAGAAGGGACAGGAAAAGCAGUAGGGACUGCAGCGUUAUUCCAGAAUUCCCUAGUUCAUUGUCCACUCUGGGGCAUGACUCUGGAGGUUUCACCUCUGAUCCACACAGGCCCAGCAGUCCCCACAGCAGCCAGCCAUGGGGCUCCCCACAUAAUUCAGCCUUUGCCCCAGGGUCUCCUGUAUAUGGCUCUUCACCGCCUCCUGUCUUCGUAGAUAUGAGGCUGCAUGAACCUCCACCUCCUGCUCCUCCAAAGAAGAGGCACGUCCACCCCUCUGCGGUGGAGAGAGACAGCCAUCUCAGUGCAGCGGUCCCCACGCUGAGGCACUGUAGCUACCCUCCAUUGGCCCUAAGUUCAGGGCUAUGUGGACCCCCCAAAGUUCCACUUCCUGAAAUUCCUGACCCCCAUGUGGCAAGGCAAUACCGACCUCUGCCCUCUACUCCAGACGACUCCCACCAUAGUCAGACUUCUUUCUCCCAACGGCUGAGAUACAACAAGCCAUUACCCCCAACUCCUGAUGUGUUUCAGCCCCACCAUUCUCCCGUUUCUCAUAAUAGCCCAAGGAUCUACAGGCCUCUACCCCCUCUUCCUGUCACAAAUCCCCUCACCGAACCACCACCAUUACCCCCGAAGGCCAGAGGGAGGAACAAGAGCAUUCAGGGAGCACUCACGAAUUCAGGGAGUCAAGCCAAGCCAAGGCCUGUUGGUCAAGAGUGGGCAGUAUCCAGUCCCCACUCUGGAGGACGUACCUCCUGGCCCCCAGCCAUGGGCAGAUCAACAGACUCUUUGGCUUCCACCAGUAGGAGAAAGAGUGAGAUAUCCCCUGACAUUGCUUUCAGCAACAUGACGAGCCUUCCAAGUCCCUCUUCCCCAACCACCCCCUGGACUGUGGGUCUCCAGGAACCCACCUCUGAACCAGGGCUCUCAGAAGAGUCAGAAGCCCCUGCCAAAGGAUCUUUGAGAAGAACGGACCCUCAGGAAGGAGCCAAUGGCCUGAGGAGGUCGGAUGUAGGUCGAGCAAGGCAGACUGAAAAACCCAGCCAUCCCCACCUGGAGAAGGCAUCCAGCUGGCCCCACAGGCGGGACCCAGGGAGACCACCGCAGGGCAGUGGUGGACAGGCUGCCAUCUCGGAUGAGGGCUCCACUAAGCACAAGGGCUGGCAUCGGCAAGGCCUGCGCAGACCUUCCAUCUUACCUGAAGGCUCUUCAGAUACAAGAGGCCCAGCCACAGAAAAGCCUCCUGGCCCUUCAGACACCAUUGUUUUUCGGGAGAAAAAGCCAAAGGAGGUGAUGGGAGGCUUUUCAAGACGCUGCUCAAAGCUCAUCAACUCCUCCCAGCUGCUUUACCAGGAGUACAGCGAUGUGGUUCUGAACAAGGAGAUUCAGAGCCAGCAGCGGCUGGACAGCUUGGCAGAGGCCUCUGGGCCCGCCUCCCCCCGGCAGCCCCGAAAGGUCCUGGUGUCCUCAGAGUCUUACCUGCAGCGCCUCUCCAUGGCCUCCAGGAGCUCCCUCUGGCAGGAGAUCCCUGUGGUGCGCAAUAGCACUGUGCUGCUCUCCAUGACCCAUGAAGACCAAAAACUUCAAGAGGCCAAAUUUGAGCUGAUUGUGUCAGAGGCUUCCUAUCUGCGCAGCCUGAACAUAGCUGUGGAUCACUUCCAGCAUUCAGCCCAGCUCCGGGCCAUCCUUUCCAACCAAGACCAGCAGUGGCUCUUCUCUCGUCUACAGGACGUGCGUGAUGUCAGUGCCACGUUCCUUUCAGACCUGGAGGAGAACUUUGAGAACAACAUCUUCACCUUCCACGUGUGUGAUGUAGUCCUGAACCAUGCCUCCCACUUCCGCCGGGUCUACCUGCCUUAUGUCACCAACCAGACCUACCAGGAACGCACCUUCCAAACUCUGCUGAGCACCAACAGCAGCUUCCGUGAGGUCCUAGAGAAGCUGGAGAGUGACCCUGUCUGCCAGCGCCUGUCCCUCAAGUCCUUUCUGAUCUUGCCAUUCCAGCGCAUCACCCGUCUCAAACUGCUGCUCCAGAACAUUCUGAAGAGAACACAACCUGGCUCCUCAGAGGAAGCAGAGGCCACAAAGGCGCACCAUGCCCUGGAGGAGCUGAUCCGAGACUGCAAUAACAACGUCCAGAGAAUGCGCCGGACAGAGGAGCUCAUCUACCUGAGCCAGAAGAUUGAGUUUGAAUGCAAAAUAUUCCCACUCAUUUCACAGUCACGCUGGCUGGUGAAGAGUGGUGAGCUGGCUGCCCUGGAGUCCAGUGUCUCCCCAGGGCUGCGAAGGAAACUGAACACACGUCCAGUCCACCUGCAUCUCUUCAAUGACUGUCUGUUGCUGUCUCGACCCCGAGAGUCAGUGAUUGGAAUGGGAGGCCAGAGCACAAGAGGAAAAUGGGAGAGGGGUGGCCGAUUCCUGGUGUUUGACCACGCUCCCUUCUCCUCUAUUCGGGGGGAAAAGUGUGAAAUGAAGCUACAUGGACCUCAUAAAAACCUCUUCCGACUCUUCCUGCUGCACAAUACGCAGGGCACCCAGGCCGAGUUCCUCUUCAGCACGGAGACUCAAAGUGAAAAGCUUCGAUGGAUCUCUGCCUUGGCCAUGCCAAGAGAGGAGUUGGACCUUCAGGAGUGUUAUGAUUCCCCACAAGUGCAGUGCCUUCGAGCCUACAAACCCCGAGAAAAUGAUGAGUUGGCUUUGGAGAAGGCAGACGUGGUGAUGGUGACUCAACAAAGCAGUGAUGGCUGGCUGGAGGGCAUGAGACUCUCAGAUGGGGAGCGAGGCUGGUUUCCUGUGCAGCAGGUGGAGUUCAUUUCCAACCCAGAGGUUCGUGCACGGAACCUGAAGGAAGCCCAGCGAGUCAAGACGGCCAAACUACAGUUGGUAGAACAACAGACCUAGCUAUUCUCUGGAAGGACUUCCCUGAGCUUAAGGACAAGUUGUUCUUGGAGAGGGCUGGCCCUACAACCCUGCAACAGAGGUCUUCUGUGGACCAAGAACUAGACCUUCCGAGAGCCCAAGAACAAAUUCCAUCUACCAGUCGCUAGACACCCCGCUGCCCCCCGCCCCUCCACCGCCUCCAUUUUUGUGCUUUGAGCUUGGUUGGGAAUUCUGAGGUACUUUGCACCAGACUCUGGAAACAUGUUCUCAUAGGAAAAGGAUCCAGUGGGGCCUACACGAAGGAACUAUACUUCUUCUACCAUUUAGUACUUAAGCAUUCUCUUCCAGAGUGCAGAUUCAGAGCUGGCCAGAGUAUCCAUCGUGGCUAUGGUAAACAGAAUCUGACUGCAGUCCACUAAAGGGAGAUGUUAAAGAGGGAUUAACAUGUCAGCUGGGAGGGUCAACCUGGUGACCACUAAGGUAUCUUCCAACCUAAUGAUUUUCCAUGAUUGUUGGUAUGAGGUAGUGCAUGCUCAACUCUGGGUCUACUGGUGGCAAUGUGAGGGGGAUUCUCUCUCACUCUAAUAAACUUGGCACUACUCGAGCUUUUUCUCCUCAGACUCUGGAGCACUGAGUAGGGUUCCAGGAGGCUUCCAGGCUAUUUGACUUCGGUGUCAUGAAAGACCAAGAUGGUACCUAGGCCAUGGUGUCUGUUAACUCUUGCCUUAUGACUCCUGAGAAUUUAGGCAUUUUCUCUACUUAUAGCCUGAGAAGGAAUUGAUGGGUGAUGAAAACCCUAUUCAUACUUUCCUUUUUUCCUGAACCUUAAGGUAUAGGCUGGUUGGGUGAAUUUGGAAAUCCUACUCAGGCCAUUAAUGAGUUUAUAUUUUGACUUGAAUUAUCUUGAAGGUAUCUUCCCAGUUGUUCCAUCCUGUUUGUGAAAAGCAGUACAGUGUAAUGGAAAGUGUCAUAGGACCCAAGGCAAGAGACCCUUGCUCCAGUUACCACACUGCCAUGAUCCAGCCUAUCCAUGUCUCAGUCUCCUUAAAUGUAAAAUACAAGUUUGGAUCAAGUAACUCUAAAGUCCCAUCCAACUCUACAAUCUAUGAUUGUCUAGCUCUGAUCAGAUCGCCUUUCUCAGCUGAAGAGCAUCAUACUUUACAUUUUUUUCUCAUAUAGAGCCCUCACAUAGCAACAGAAUAGCCAUAUUUUAAAAAAUAUAUACAUAUUUUUGUUGAUUUCAGAGAUGAAGGGAGAGGGACAGAGAGAUAGAAACGUCGGUGAUGUGAGAGAAUCAUUGAUUGGCUGCCUCCUACACAUCCUCCAGGGGGGAUCAAGCCAUAACCUGGGCAUGUGCUCUGACCAGGAAUCAAAACAUGACCUCCUGGUUCGUAGGUCGACACUCAACCAUUGAGCCAUGCUGGCCGGACGACAUAGCCAUCUUUUAAGCUGUGUCAUUAUACUCCUUCCUUGACAGUGUACUCCUCUGCCUUAUCUUUGGGAGGGCUCAAAAGUAAAACUGCAUUGCAGCUUUGUACAAAGGUAAGAAUACUACUACAGACUCUUGUCCUAUACCCAGGGAUUGAUGAUAUGACAUGAUGCUAUCACUUCUGAUAACACAUUUUGUUUUGAGUUCAUCUAAAAAUGUAAGUUAGCUUGCUUAAUUGUUAGAAAAGUAAUCCCUAUCCUAAUUAAGAUUGGGCUAAUAGUAAUUUAUCCUAACAGGUUGACACGACCAAACAAUCUAAAAUGGGAGGGCUUUAGAAAAGUUCUAUUGAAGUUUCUCACUAUUUUCAUAAAGCCAACUUUUUAUUAAUAUAUGACAUAUUAAUAUGUAUAUAUUACAACUAAGCUAACAACUGGUUUUUCUUAACAGCAAUAACAAUAAUUAUAACCCAAAUUAUUUGUUCAAACCAGUAUUUGAAUACUGGCCAUAUGACUCAAACAGAACCAUAUCCAACCUUAUAUUUUCCAGGAAAAUUUUCCCAGAGAGGUGAAAUAUUAACUUCUGAAUGAUGUA